AUGGGCCGCACACAGCCAUCAAUCGGCCAGCCGCCGGCCUCAUUUCGCCGCGCAGCUCGGGCGAAAAAGGCCAAGGCGACGAUUAAUCAAGUGGUACCCGGCCUACUGCCGACACAUCCCCGCGCGCGUCGCGGGCUAGACGCGGCAGAGCUCAUCGUCAAUCCACCACCGAGGACGAGCAACCAGGAGCCCCAUGCUCUUCGUCUCAAACUCCGAUCCGCGGAUACGCUCAAAGCUGCCCGGGCCCUUGUCGACGCAGAUGCCUCUGUUCGCGUGGCGGUCCUCAACAUGGCUUCUCCGCUACACCCUGGCGGUGGGUUCUUGAACGGCGCCAGCAGCCAGGAGGAGUCGCUGUGCAUGCGCACCACACUGUUGCCAUCGCUAAAAGACGAGUACUACCGGCUGCCCGAACUUGGGGCCAUCUAUACACCUGAUGUCAUGGUGUUUCGGGAUGCCGACGGCGGUGAUGUAGUGCUCGAGAAGCGCAACCGCUGGUUCGUAGACUGCAUCACGGCAGCCAUGCUACGGAACCCCGAAGUUGAGCGUGACGACGAAAAGGGCUGGGGACGAUACGUCAAUGUCAAGGACCGGGAACUGGCAGUGUCAAAGAUGCGAAUGGUCAUGCGCAUUUGCCAGGACAAGGGCGUCGAGAAGAUUGUCCUCGGCGCAUGGGGCUGCGGUGCAUAUGGGAAUCCAGUGGGCGAGGUGGCUGCAGCAUGGCGCAAGGUAUUGUUGCCUCAAAUCGUCUCCAAGGGUAAAAGGGUUGUGGAAACGUGGAAAGGCAUCGAGGAAUGCGUGUUUGCGAUCAAGGAUCCAGGUAUGGCGGAUGCCUUUGCUGCGGCGUUUGGAGAUGGGCUGGAGCGGGAGGCCUUGGGUGAGGCAAACGAAGAUGACGAGGAUGACGAUGAGGACGACGAGACGGCUGAACUCGAAGCAAAAAUCGCUGAGCUCAGGGCGCGUAUUCGCAACGCGAACCCUGCGAUUGGUAGGGCUCUCCAGCCAGUACUCGUCGGGUUGAUCGCACAGUUACCAGAGGGACACCCAGAAAGGUUGAGUGUGUGA